AUGUCUUUGCCAAGAUAUCCUAAAGACUUGGAUGUGAUUAUUGUCAAGGCUAAAGGUAGAGAAAACACGUUCAGAGAUGUGACAGUGCGAAAGCAAAAAGUGCACAAUGCUUUAGUUUGGCUUAUCAAUAACAAUCCACAUUAUUCUGAGUUAUUAAUAAAUGAAGAUGCAUUAAAUUCCUUACCUGAAAAUGGUGUACCACCAGGUCUUAUGACUGUUGAGACUGAUGAUGAUAUUGUCUCAGAUGACAAUUGUUCUCCUGAUGUAGGUCCUCCUAUUGAUAAUCCAUCAGAGGAUAUUGUUUAUAAUGACUCUACUGAAAUGAGUAGUUUUUUACCUGUUGGUGAACAACAGCAAACGGAAAUUGAAGCUGUUAGAAAUCAGCUGUUUGAAAAUGAGCCAAUGCCCUGGCCCUCAGUUGAAAAUGAGCCUUUAAACGAGUAUCAGAUAUCGCAUCUGGCCACAAUGGCUUUCCCAACAUUAUUUCCAGAUGGGAAAGGUGAUCCUACUAAUCAAGGACUUCUGAGAGAUGUCCCUCUUCAGGAACGAAUAAAGUAUCUUCUAAAAUUUACUGAAAUUAUUGAUGGUAAAUGGGUAUACCGUUUUGCUAACCACCCCAGAUUUUCUUAUUGGGCGUUUAAUAUGAUUCAAAGAAAACGAAUCUUACAAAUUUGCAGCCUGUUAUGCAAUACAUAA